GGAAAAAGGAGAGAAAGAGAGGAGAAAAGAAGAAGAGGUCGGUAUUACUGACUUAAGUCAAUACGUAAUGGCCUUUAGUCGCAAUGCUCCACUAGACGAGGCUUCGUUUGAAUCAAGAAUUAUGCCGAAGAUUAUCGAACAAUUGAGGGCAUUAAUGGAGGAUUCACUUGAAAGAACAGUGAUAGUAGCUGCUAAUCUUUAAGGGAAGGCAUUAUACUGGUUUGAUUUAUUGGUAGCACGCCAUGGAGAGCCAAGCGGGAAGGAAUUUGUGGAAGGCUCCUUGUUCAAUUUGGUUCUUCAACAAAUUAGAAUAGGGAUGAUGAGCUAGCGAAAAUUCGGCAAACGUCAACAGUUGCAGAAUACAUAAACUGUUUGUUGAAAUGCCUCUGUAGGCAGUUCCGUUGGUUUCUUGUUGUUUAGUUCGUUAGUAGGAUAUAUAGCUUUGAAGUAAUGGGUCUCUAUGUUUUUUUGAAGGUAGGCAGAUUCUAGUCUAUGGGAGUUCAUUUAGUCCGUGACUAAAAAGAAUAAUGCGGCUCUUGGGGUUGUCAAGUGUUUGCAAAGCAAACUUGCUGAAACGUGCCAUACUGAAAGGGGUGAACCUUACUCGAUUCAUUUCGUCAUUAUCAACUAAUAUAGGUAAAUCUGCUGCAAGAUUACAUUCUCGCACAUAUUAUUCUUCUGCUGCAGAAACUAAUGACAACACUGAUAAGGGCACUGGAAAAAUGACAUUGGCAAAGAACUUAGCCUGUCUUGUUGAAGAAUCUUCAUUUGUUGAUGGGAGAAAGCCCAGGAGUCGAAUGGAGCUCAAGAGGUAUUUUGAACUCCGCAUAAAGAAGAAGGUGAAGGAGCAAUACACGAAUGGGAAGUUUCAAGACCUAAUGGCAAAAGUGAUUGCCAAUCUAGACACUCUUCAGGAUGCUUACAAUUGUAUAAGGCUAAAUUCAAAUGUAGAUAUAUCAUUAAAUAAUGAGAGAGCCUCUUUUGAAUCCAUGGCUGAAGAGCUUUGUAGUGGGAGUUUUGAUGUCAUUGCCAAUACUUUCUCUGUCUCAACAAAGGGUGCAAGCAAAGAAACCCUUGUCCUUCCCAAUCUUAAGUUGAAGAUUGUUCAGGAAGCUAUCAGGAUAGUUCUAGAAGUUGUUUACAAGCCCCACUUUUGUAAGAUAUCUCAUGGUUGUCGGAGUGGGAGAGGACACUCAACGGCAUUGAAGUACAUUAGGAAAGAGAUCUCUAACCCUGACUGGUGGUUUACCUUUCACAUAAAAAGAAAGCUGGAUGCUUGUGUCCUAGAUAAAAUCAUUGCAACAAUGGAGGACAAGAUAGAAGAUCCCAGCUUGUAUGCUAUCAUUCGCAGCAUGUUUGAUGCCCAUGUACUCAAUCUGGAGUUUGGGGGCUUUCCAAAAGGUCAUGGUCUACCACAAGAGGGAGUGUUGUCCCCUAUACUAGUAAAUAUAUAUCUUGACCUCUUUGACCGCGAAUUUUACAGAUUGUCAAUGAAAUAUGAAGCUCUGGAUCCAGGUUUUCUUUCUAAUCAAGAUGGGUCCUAUUCCAAUCUGCGCACUUGGUUUAGGAGGCAGCUGAAAUGCAAUGAUCUCAACUGCAAAAAUGAAAAGAAUGUUAGCAUAAGAGUUCAUUCUUGUCGUUUCAUGGAUGAGAUAUUUUGUGCAGUCUCUGGUUCCAAAGAAGUUGCUCUCAGUUUUAAAUGUGAUAUUCUAAAUUACUUACAGAAUUCUUUGCUUUUGGACGUUGACAAUCAAACAGAAGUAUUACCAAAUGAGGGGCCCCAGGGGAUUCGCUUUCUGGGCUUUUUGGUUAGAAGAAGCGUAAGAGAAAGUCCUGCUAUGAAGGCUGUUCACAAGUUAAAGGAAAAGGUCAAUUUAUUUGCUUUACAAAAACAGGAGGCGUGGAAUGCCGGGACUAUUAGAAUUGGCAAGAAAUGGCUAGGUCAUGGUUUGAAGAAGGUUAAGGAGUCUGAAAUCAAGCAUUUAGCGGAUUGUAACUCUGUUUUGAGCCAAAUUUCCUGUUUCCGUAAAGCUGGGAUGGAAACUGAUCAUUGGUACAAGCUCUUACUGAAGAUAUGGAUGCAAGAUGUUAAAGCCAACGCAGCAAAGAGUGAGGAAAUAAUCUUUUCUAAGUAUGUUGCAGAACCAUCUCUUCCCCAAGAAUUGAUGGACUCCUUUUAUGAAUUUCAGAGGCGUGCAGAAGAAUAUGUUUCUUCUGAGACAGCUUCUACUCUUGCUCUUUUGCCAAAUUUGAGCUCCUCAAGCAAAUCUGACUCCAUCACUGAGAUUAUUGCUCCUGUUGAUGUCAUAAAAAAGAGGCUUUUACGAUAUGGAUUGGCCACAUAUGAAGGGUACCCUCGUACAACUUCUCUGCUUGUUUUACAAGAUAAUGACCAGAUUAUCAACUGGUUUUCUGGUCUUGUCUGCCGUUGGCUUAGAUGGUGUAGUCAGUGUGAUAAUUUUGGUGAUGUAAAGCUCUUAAUUUCUGAUCAAGUUAGGAAAUCUUGCAUUCGUACUCUAGCAGCAAAGUACCGGAUACAUGAAAAUGAGAUAGAAAAACGGUUUGACUCACAAUUGAGCAGGAUUCCUUCUACUCAAGAAAUAGAGCAAGAGAUGGAAAUUGAGACAUCAGAUACCCAAUCUUUUGAUAAUGAUGAGGCUUUGAUGUAUGGGAUAUCUUAUAGUGGCUUGUGUUUACUUUCUCUAGCAAGAGUGGUGACCCAGUCACGGCCUUGCAAUUGUUUUGUUAUGGGGUGCCCUUCUCCAGCACCAAGUGUUUAUACUCUUCAUGUGAUGGAAAGGCAGAAGUUCCCAGGCUGGAAGACAGGGUUCUCAAGUUGUAUUCAUCCUAGCUUGAAUAAAAGGCGGAUCGGCUUGUGUGAGCAACAUUUAAAAGAUUUGUAUCUUGGUCAUAUAUCACUUCAGUCCAUUGAUUUCGGUGCCUGGAAAUGAGUGCAUUCAGUGAAUUCAAAAUAUUGUAAAGCAGCUGGCGCCAGGACUGUUCAUCUCUCAAAAAAUUAGCAACCAAUGAAGUAGUCCCAGAGGGUUCAAGAUGACAAGGGACUAUGCUGGUGUGCCAGUUUGGAAUAGUCAGCAUGGGAACAUCAUAUGUUUGACUUGCUAGAUGAAGAGAACGCAUUAAACUUUUAAAGAAUCAACUUCUCAGGUUAGUAUUCGGGUAAUAUACUCUUAGAAGCAUCAAAAUGUGGUGUGUUUGUGACUAUAUCCUCAAUUUUCUCAUUUUUCAUAAUUUGCCCAUAAUGUGAAGUAGAACAAAUAAUUUUUUUUAUUGGUGACUAAAUUUUUUCAAGGUGUUUUAACAUAUCAGCAAUGUGAAGCAAAUGAAAUCAUGAUAUAUACUCCAUUUGGCAUCAAGGUUUGGAGCGGAUGGCAUGCCAUUUUUCCUCCAUUAUCCGUUAGGGAAGAGAUAAUAGCAAGGCAAUUCUGCCAAGCCCUGUAUUGAUGACUUUGAGCUUUUGAAGGAUACAAGCAGACUAUGGGAAUGAUAUUACAGAGAGGGCAGUGCCACGGGUAUACAGAGCCUUUUCUUGUGCUCCUUUUUUCGCGCAUGCGGAAAAUGAAGGAGAAAGAGCUGUCAAUGUUGAAGUGCGAGAAUGGAGCGCCAACAGCAAUGGUCACGAAACUCAUGACCUUUUCACAGUGAGCCAGAUAACUUUAUUGGCCAUCUAUAUUCCAACCUUUGUUUUGACAGUAAUCUGUAUUGUAUAUUGUAUUGAGUCUGGAGCUUCAAUGGUUUUUUGCCUAACAAAUUAAAACUCGAGUAUUAGUAAUGACAGUAGGAUUAGUUGGAUUGAUUA